AUGCAAACUAAGCCCUCGAACAAGCGUUGUGCCACCUGUCCAAAUUAUGACAAGAACGACAUCUACGAAGAGCCUGUUCAGUCAGAAACACGCGAACCCAGUCUUCAUACCAGCAGCCCCGUACAGAACAAAAUCGAAGAAGUCCAGUCCGUAAAUAAGCUCAACGAGAAUCACAAAGAUCACCAUCAUCCAGUACCCGAGAACGAGGAAGCGAAGCCGACGAAGGAAGUCAACGGUAGAAUGGCAGCCCUCAGAGACAAGAAGAAGCCACUGUGUAGAUAUGGCACUCAUCGCAAGCUGGAUCAGCCAAGGGAUGAUAUCAAACGAGAGAUUGCAGAAACCAGACCCAUCACUCAACGUAUCUUCCAAGAAGGCCGAAAAAUGGCUUUCCGCUUCCAUACCAAAGCCUUGAGUCCAGUGGACCAAUUACUGGAUACCCACAGUCGCAAGUUCGCAAAGCCAGUCUACGAUACAAAACAGCGCCCCGUCUUCCGCCCAGUCGAUUACAAAGGCAAAGGAACUACCGACGAGCGCCGUCAAAUAAUAUCUCAAUACCGGAUCGUCCUAUGGGAGCUUCUUUCAGCAAUCAAACUGGAGCUGUCACACCCCAACUCCCCCAAAAGCACGCCCUCGUCUUCCCCCACUUCGAACGACGCAGACGAAGAAAAAGAUGAAGACCAAUACGCAGAGGACAUCCCAGUCAUCCCAUACGCCAUCGAAGAAGAAGACCCACUCACUCCAUCCACCAUCCCAUACCACAUCUCAGCCCUAGACCUAGCCACCCCCGACAACCCUUUCCAACUCCUACGCACCCACGCCCAUCCCUCCGGAAAGCACGCCAAAAAGCUCAACGACUGCCGCAUGAGCACCGAACACCGAAAGCACGGUGCCCCAGGCUUCGCUAGGAAGAUCAGGCUACCGAGAUGUAGAUUUGGUACUCGCCGCAUGCUUGAUCACCCUCGAGAUGAUCCGCCGCGGGAGGUGUGCUGGUUCUACAAGCAGUAUGAGGAUAAAUCGGGUCACAACUGUUUGAGGUGA